AGCUGCUGGAAGUGUCAGGCAGUGGUUGCGGGAUGGGUGUCUGUGCAGGGCUCCUCUAUGCUGCUCUCUUUCUGGCCACUCUGCGGGCUUGUUUAGCGGAGGAGCCGAGGAACCCACCUAGCAAGAUAGCCAUUGUAGGCGCUGGAAUUGGAGGUACGUCUGCUGCGUAUUUCCUGCGCCAGAAGUUUGGCAAAAAUGUCCAGAUUGACUUGUAUGAGAAGGAAGAAGUCGGGGGCCGACUGGCUACUUUGGAGAUGGAGGGCAAACUCUAUGAGGCUGGGGGGUCCGUCAUUCAUCCCAUGAAUCUCCACAUGAAAACGUUUGUGAAAGAGCUGGGUCUGUCUCCUCGCUCACCCUCGGAUAACCUGGUUGGGAUAUAUAACGGAGAGCAGUUUGUUUUCCAAGAAAGCGAGUGGUUCCUUAUUAACAUCAUCAAAAUGCUGUGGCAGUAUGGGCUGAAUUUCCUGCGAAUGCACAUGUGGGUGGAAGACAUGUUGGAUAAAUUCAUGAGGAUUUAUCGCUAUCAAACCUACGACUAUUCAUUCUCCAGCACGGAGUCCCUGCUUCAUGCCAUGGGUGGCCGAGACUUCACUGCAUACUUAAACACAACAAUCAGUGAGACAUUGGAGAAAGCUGGCUUCUCGCACAGAUUUAUUGAAGAGAUAGUAACUCCUGCCAUGAGAGUCAACUAUUUGCAAGGAGGCAAAAUCAAUAGCUUUGUUGGUUCUGUGUCUCUGGCUGGCACUGACUCUGGUCUGUGGUCUGUAGAAGGUGGUAAUAGUCUCGUAUGUACAGGUCUCCUGUAUGCUUCAAAUGCCAAUCUCAUUCGUGGCACGGUUACAUCAGUACAACAGAAAACUCGCCCACUGAAAUCGGGAGAUACUGUGACAUUAUAUGAGGUAAACGCUGAGACGGAAAGUGGUUCCCAACAUGUACUGUACGACAUUGUUAUCAUUGCAGCUCCACUUAACAAAGGACUUUCCAGCAUUAAAUUCCUGAACUUUGAUCCUCCCAUUAAAACCUUCACAAGGCCCUACCAACAAACAGUCGCUACUUUUAUCCAUGGACAGCUUAACUAUUCAUUCUUUGGGUGCCCGGAGCCUUGUCCAAAUGAGCUGUCUGCUAUCCUAACCACAGAUAACCCCAGUCUGUUUAUUAACAGCAUUGGUGCUGUGUCUCCAGUGAAAUCUACAGGAGGAGGAGAUCCCUCAAAAUCUACAGACCUAAAAGUCUGGAAGGUGUUCUCUCCUGAGCCUCUAACCAAGGAUCAACUGCAUCUGCUAUUCAAGUCUUAUCAUGCUGUUCGCUCAAAGACAUGGCUGGCAUAUCCUCGCUACAGCCCCCCAGAAAAGCUGCCUCCCAUCAUUCUCCAUGAUAGGAUCUACUAUAUCAGCAGUAUAGAGUGGGCAGCUAGUGCCAUGGAAAUGAGCGCGGUCUCGGCCAAGAAUGUGGCCCUGCUCUCCCACCAUCAAUGGCAUGGCAUAGAUGAAAAGGUUGACCAAGAGAAUAUAUUGGAGAAGAUCAAGUCUGAGUUGUAAGCUGUUUCCUCUAAAAGAGGAUAUUUGGUCUAAUUCAUUCUUUUCCCUUUUUCUUUUUAAUUUAAAGGGAAAGUUUUUUUUAAUGACUUGAAAUCUAUUUUAGUACAUGGGCUGAAUUUAUUUCCCAAUGUGCAAUUUUUUCUUUUGGUGUAGUUUUAAAUUCUCUCUCUUUUUUAUUGUAUAGGUGAUCUAAAAGCAUAAUAUUCAUAAGUUCCACGAUCAUGGAUGAGAAUCCUGCAGAGAUAUGGAAAGUAAAUAGAUUAUCAGCAGGGGACAAAAGAAAAAUAACCACCCCCUAAUAUAAAAUAUAAAUAUAAUGGUAUAGUUCUAUUUAACCAAUGAAGGACCAAGCACAGCAAGUCUGCAGAGAGGGGAAUGCUGUGCAAAGUCCUUGUGGUUAGUAAGGCUGACUAUUAUGCUUUUUGUGUCUAGAGGGGCAGAAUUUAAAGACAAAAAGUAAAUAAAUAAAAAUGUACAUUGGAAA